GCACGCGCAAACACAUAAACGUCGGCGAAAAAGAUGGAGUAGCAUGGCAGUGCAGCGUAUUGUCUGGACACAAGCGAUGGAGGCACAACUGGUUGAACUUUGGCAAGCUCAUCCAAGCCUUUUUGAUGUGGCUUCAAAAAAUUACCAUGACCGCAACAAACGUGACAGGAGUUGGAUGGAGAUUGCUGCCCAAUUGCAGCUUCCUGUGAAUGAGGUGAAAACCCGGGUUGCAUCACUUCGGACGCAGUAUGGCAAACUGCUCAAACCGAAACCUAGUGGCAGUGGCCAGAAACCACCAACUCCCAAACAGACCUGGAUCUUAAAACAUUUGGAUUUCUUGAAGGCACAUGUUGUCCAUAGACAGACUGAGUCCACUCUGAGACUUGGAACAGAGUCAGAGGACAUAGGCGCAACAGAGGAGGGGGAUGAGGAUCAGUCCACUAUGGGAAUUGAAGCAGAUGUCCUUAUGUCUUCAAACACCACUAGCCCAGUUUCAGUGAGCCAGGAAGAGGAAAACACCUCAAACAGUCCACCAAUCUCAGAGUCCACAGGUCGGCUUGUUAAAAGACCUAGAGUGCAAAAACAUGCACCAAAAUCAGCAGAGCACAGCAUUGAGAUGACCAAACUUUCCCUGCUUCAGCAGGUCCAGCAAACGCUAUCGGCAUCUAAUGCAGAUUCUGAGGAGCUGUUUGGCCAACAAGUAGCCUCAGAGUUGAGAAACAUAAAGGACAGAGCUCUACAGCUGCGGCUCAAAAGAAACAUCAUGAACAUGAUUUAUGACACGCAGGAGGCUGAGCAGGGAGGCCACCACUCUCAAUUUGUCACAGCGAGUGAGAAGAGCCGUGUCGAAAAGGUAAGGAAGGAUCCAAACGCAGGCAGGCGUGAAGGUGUGAAGGAGAUUUAUUGAAUACGAAAUAAAGAUAGGCAAACGGCAAAACGGAGAACUAAACUAUACUGGGACAACUAAACUACUGCGCAUGAACAAGAACACGGACCUGGACAUGAAAGAAGGAAGACGAUAAUGAUGCCAGCAGGGGACACACGGAUGAAACGUGGUGGAUACACAGACGGACCAGCAACUACAAUGACUAAAGACGUGACUUAAAUACAC